UUAUACCAAAAGAAAUGCGCCACAGUCUUUAUUUUAACCCACUUUUACAAUCAAGACUGAGGUGACCUGCUCCUGAAACCUUCGCCUCUCUUACUUCUGAUCAGUUCCAAGUGACUCAAAGAAGACCUCACCAUGGUGUCAAUGGGAAUACAGAUGGUGGGCUUUUCCCUGGCGAUCCUCGGUUUCCUGGGGACCAUCAUUGUGUGUGCCCUGCCAAUGUGGAAGGUCACAGCCUUCAUUGGAGCAAAUAUUGUGACAGCGCAGGUCAUCUGGGAAGGUUUGUGGAUGAACUGUGUGACGCAGAGCACAGGCCAGAUGCAGUGCAAGAUCUAUGAUUCUCUGCUGGCUCUACCCCAGGACAUUCAGGCUGCCAGAGCUCUUGUGGUCAUCGCCAUCAUCGUUGCUGUCUUUGGGGUCGUCCUGAGCAUUGUGGGAGGCAAGUGCACCAACUUUGUGGAGGAUCCAAGUGCCAAAGCAAAGGUGACCAUUGCUGCUGGAAUUGUCUUCAUUUGUGCCGGUGUUCUCAUCCUCAUCCCCGUCUGCUGGUCCGCCAACAGCAUCAUCAGGGAUUUCUACAACCCCCUCUUGAUCAGUGCCCAGAGGAGAGAGCUGGGAGCUGCACUUUACAUUGGCUGGGGCACAGCUGGGCUUCUCAUCCUGGGUGGUGCCCUCCUCUGCAGCUCCUGUCCACCCAAAGAGAGCCCAGAGUAUCCAGUCAAGAAACCUGUUCCCAGAUCCACAGCCACCAGCCGCGGCUACGUCUGAGACCAUUCUUCUGAAACAGACGGCAAAUAAUUUUACUUUUCUUCAGAAACCCUCCUUCAUUGUCAGUUUUUUUUAUAGCACCACAAGUUGUGUCUGAUUUAUUUUUUUUCAAACUGCUCUGGCAAGAAAAAGUUAUUUUUGUAUCAAACCUAAUUUUCCUCUGAUUGUUUGCAAUGAACUGAUACAUUGUGAAUUAAUUGUAUAAAACAUUUUACAAAUAUCUUGUAAUAAAACAAUUUUAGAAACGA